AUGUUUGGUUUUGUUGAGAUUGGUCUUACUGGGAUACUUGCAAUAUUUCUAAAUCCAAAGGAUGGGGGUAAGCCAUUUAAAAUUCUUGAUGAAGUUCCGGCACGACAGGAUUGGAGUCAUUUACUCGGUCCAGUUAGAGAUCAAAGGGGUUGUAAUUGUUGUUGGGCAAUCACUGCCACUGUGGCCAUAGAAGCUCUGUACACUCUCAGGGACAUCGAUAAUGCCAUAACUCCGCUAGCACCACAAGAGUUGAUAGACUGUUGUGUUUUGAAUCCCAAGAAUCGUGAUAAAAAAGGUUGCUACAAUUAUGCAACUAACAAAGCAUUUAAGUGGAUAAUGAAGAAUGGCAUUUCUACUGAGGAAGACUAUCCUUUUCAAGGACAAAAAGGAGACUGUAAACCAAAAACUAAGCCAGGAGUUAGUAUUACAGGUUUUGAGAAAAUUGAUGACAAUGAUCAAAUUGCUUUUCUUAAGAAGGUUUCAGAGCACCCAGUGGCUGCAGCUGUCCAUAUUUUUGAUGAAUUCCUAAAACUAAAAGGGGAAAUUUACAAAGGUCCACAGGAUCCAUUAAUUGCAAAGAUACCAAAAGGUGUCCAUGCCAUUCUCGUGGUUGGGUAUGACACUGAGAAUGGAGAGGAUUAUUGGAUGAUUAGAAAUUCAUGGGGCGAAAAUUGGGGAGUUAAUGGCUAUGGAAAAAUACUCCGAUCUGGCCGUGUCUCGAUCUUGACAGAAAAGAAUGAAGUGAAAGAAUUCCCUCUUGUUCACAGGGUAUCAUAUCCUACUAUUUGA